CUAAAAGUACAUAAUAAAUACAUUGUAAAAACUUGUGGAGUUAUGAAUAAUAAUUGUGAUAAUGUGAUAACUUAUUGUAUUGUUAUUAUUCUAUUUAGAACGCUUUAGUAACUGGUACUUAAAAUCUUUACAUGAACUUUUUGUAAUAUAAAUUUUAUACAGGAACAGUAUUUAAGUAAAAAAUAUAUUAUGUCUGGUCUAAAAAUAAAAGUUAUAAGUCGUAAUCCAGAAGAUUACUUACGUGCGACUAAAAGGGAUAUUCAUAAAAUACAAAGAAAUUAUGAUCCAAGUCUUCAUCCUCUUGAGGCUCCUCGUGAAUACGUUCGUUCUUUAAAUGCCGUCAAAUUGGAGAGAGUUUUUGCGAAGCCUUUUUUAGGAAGCUUAGAUGGACACACAGAUGGCGUAUCUAGCAUGGCCAAGCACCCAAGGAAGCUAGCAGUCUUAGCUAGUGGGGCUUUUGAUGGUGAGGUCAGGAUAUGGGAUUUGGCUUCUAGAAAAUGCAAAAGGAAUUUCAUAGCUCAUGAAGGUUGGGUUCGUGCUGUUUGUUUUACUCCAAGUGGUCAAACAUUUAGCACAGUAGGAGAUGAUAAAACUAUUAAGACAUGGAAAUCAGACGUUGAGUCUGGUGAUGAUGAAGACCCAGUUAAUACAUUAUUAAGUAUGUCUGUAGUAUCAGGUAUAAGUCACAACAGAGAUAAACCUUUAUUUGCCACAUGUGGAGAGAAUUGUCAGCUGUGGGAAAAUACAAGGAAUGAACCUGUAAAAGUUUUUAAAUGGGGUGUUGACAGUCUGAACCAUGUAGCAUUUAAUCAGGUAGAAACAAAUUUACUGGCAGCAUGUGCGAGCGAUAGAAGUAUAAUAUUAUAUGAUUGUAGAGAGUCUGGUCCAUUAAGAAAAGUUGUGAUGGAGUUAAGGUCAAAUGCUCUCUCAUGGAACCCAAUGGAGGCAUUUAUAUUUACCGUAGCAAAUGAAGAUUAUAAUCUAUACACAUUCGAUGUGAGAAAACUUAGGCAACCGGUCAACAUUCAUAUGGACCACACUUCGGCUGUGAUUGAUGUGGAUUAUGCUCCGACCGGUAGAGAAUUUGUUGCUGGUAGUUAUGACAAGACAAUAAGAAUAUUUGAAACACUGAAAGGUCAUUCGCGCGAUGUCUAUCACACAAAACGGAUGCAACGGCUGACAUGUGUGAAAUGGUCACUGGACAACAAAUAUGUACUAUCCGGUUCAGAUGAAAUGAAUAUUAGAAUGUGGAAAGCGAGAGCCUCCGAGAAGCUUGGUGUUCUCAAACCACGGGAACGUACAGCACUUAAUUAUGCAGAUUCCCUGAAAGAGAAGUUCGCCAGCCAUCCGCAAGUGAAGCGUAUAGCUAGGCACAGGCAUGUUCCCAAACAUAUAAUGAACGCCCAGAAGGAAUUGAGAACGAUUCGAGAGAAGAAUAGGAAGAAGGAAGCGAACAGGAGAGCUCACAGUAAACCUGGCACUGUCCCUGUAGUGCCCGAGCGCAGGAAACACGUUGUUAAAGAAGACGAAUGAUUUUUUAUUAAAUAAUGCAUUUUUAUUAGCUG